AUGGAAUUGACACCUGGUGGAGAAAACACUCGUACCUUUGUGUACAUGGACGAGUGCAAGUGGGUCAACUAUGAUAAAGAGAUCUACACGGCAGGUCUCGCUACCUGUAUCGGCAUCGUCGCGAUUGGUAGGAAACGCGCAAACACCAGCAUUAACAAAGUCAUGGCGCAUUCCAGCACCGGCAUGGUGGAGGACGUUAUCGGCGCCAAUUUAUCCGCAUGUCCCGGGAAAGUCACCGACGAAGAAGCGCGGCAAAUGCUGGCAUUGCAGCGUAUGAUCCGUCCAGACCAAGUCACCAGCCAUGACAUCCAAGAACUGAGGGUUUCGCUGCGGAAACGACUGGAUGAGGCGGAGGAGCAGGCAAAGUCGAUCUGUAGGCGGUAUUUUGGCUUCUCACCUGUGGUAUAUCGUCGCCUAGACUCUAACGCCGGUCGUGGGGAGCCAUUUGGCUGGAUGGUGGCCACUGCGAGUCCCGGGGGGGCCGUCUUCAUCGAGGGCCAGAGCGUGGAUGAGAUUCCGGACGAUACAGCUCCCGCUCGCCCUGGUCGAAGCAACUAUGACAAUUCCAACCCCUAUGGUGGUGGUGGUGGUGGUAGUGGGGGUGCCAGUUACAACCCAUAUGGCUCUGGUGGCAGUGGCAGCGGGGGCGGCUCUGGUGGCGGUGGUUACGGCGGCAGCGCUUACGGCAGCACCUACGCCCGUGGUUCGAGCCGCAAUGCCUCGGGGAGCCGGCCUCCUCCCAACGACAGCCGCAGCAGCGGCAACGGCUUCUCGGCCAGCCACAGCACCAACACCUCGUCUCGAUCGACUGGCAGUGCCAGACCGGCGUACUCUGCCAGCACCACCACCAGACGGGAAGAUCCCCGACGGCACGCCCCCAGCUCGCGCAGCAACGUUUCUCGACCAGCUGGAUCCGGCAACACCAGUUACUCCAAGCCUUCGGGAAGCUCUGGGACCACCGGCAGCACUGGCAGCACUCGCCACAGAACCUCGACCACCAGGCACUUCUAG